AUGUCUUAUCAGGCCGGCCCUAAUCCCAUCGACGACCUCGUUCAAUACAAGAAGGCUGUGCUCCGCGACGACAGGAGGGAUACCAGAAUUCGCGGUAGCAUCGAAGCCACUCUUGAGUACUUCAAAACAAAGACUUCUGCUCCUCCUCUUCCUCCUCCACCACCUUUCGCCAGCCGGUCUGCAUCUCCAACUCAUGGACCAUCAGGACUUUCCAACACUAUGUCAUAUCCUCAGAUCUCCCGCCCAAUGGUGGGACAGCAACCUGGCUCAUUCAACAAUGAAUACAACGAUAUGGAAAAGGACCCCAAUCGCUUCAACGACUACAAGGGCGAGAAGAUUGACAUCGAGGCCAAGCCAGCCGACAACCACCACGAUGACCAUCACGGCAUAUCCGCCGGGCCUCAUACACUGAAGGAACGUCUGAAGCAUUUCACAUUCGGGUGGUAUGCUUUCACGAUGGCGACUGGAGGAACUGCUUUGACUCUUUCUGUUGUUCCAAAUCGUUUCUCUGGACUUACUGGACUCGGCACUUUCAUGUUUCUUCUGAAUAUCUUCUUCUUUACUUGCGUUACCACUGCUAUGGUCGCUCGCUUCAUAAUCUAUCCCGAAAUCUUCACGAGGGCCUUCACCAACUUCCACGAGGGUGUCUUCAGCGCCACUUUCUGGCUCUCAUGUGCCACCAUGAUAACAAACACCGUCGCUUACGGUAUUCCCAACACAGGUCCAUGGCUGAUCGAAGCUCUACGCAUUGCUUUCUGGAUUUACACCAUCUGUGCAACACUUCAUGUCAUCAUUUACUAUCAGAUCAUUUUCGUCAACCAACAACUCAAGAUCACCAAUGUUCUACCCGGUUGGGUCCUUCCCAUGUUCCCUGCCAUGCUGGUCGGAACUCUCGCAGGUGCAAUCGCAAGGACACAACCACCUGAGCACGCCUACCCAAUGCUCGUCGCCGGCCUUUCAUAUCAAGGCUUCGGUUUCUUCAUGGCAAUCUUCAUGUACCCUCUCUACUUUGGACGUCUCCUCACAUCCGGCAUUCCAGCCUACCUCUCCCGUCCAGCAAUGUUCAUCGCCGUCGGUCCACCCGCUUUCACUUCUCUCGCUUUCAUCAACAUGGCUCAAGACUUACAAGUCACCAAGAUCUUCGAUGGCUACACAAAGCUUCAGGGCGUUGCCAACCAAGCUCUCAUCUCAGACCUGUUCUCCAUCAUGGCACUCACCAUGGCCAUCUUCCUCUGGGUUCUUGCAUUCUGGUUCUUCGUCAUGGCUUUCAUCGCCAUGAUCGACGGUAUCCCACACAACGACUUCCAUCUCAACUGGUACGCCAAAGUCUUCCCUAACGUCGGUUUCACCAUCGCCACCAUCAAGAUCGGCGAGAGGCUCGACAGUCCCGCCAUCCUACUCGUCGGAACGGGUAUGGCGGCCGUGCUCUUUUUCUCCUGGCUCUUGGUCUUCUUCUGCCAUAUCAAGGCCUUCUUCGGUCAUAUGAUCUGCUGGCCUGGACGUGAUGAAGAUGCCCAUUAA